AUGGCAGGAGGAAUACCAUGGGACCAGCUCAAAGCUGAUACGCUGCGUUUGGUGUGCCGCGACUUGGGCGCAACCCCUGGCAAGCGCAAGAGGGACGAUAUGAUUGGCUUUCUGAACAAGGUUGAAAAACGCGGUCUUGAUGCUGCUCUUGCAGAGCUUGAGACCGAAGAGAAAGAAAAGGAAAAAGAGAAGCCAAGGGAAAGGACGAAGACUCAAGCUGCAGCCGAACGGCCAGCGCCUACACGGUCCAGCAAGAGGACGCGAUCUGGCGAUGCCGACGUGCCAGAGGGGAGGCCUAAGAGGAGGGCCAUCGCUGCCCCCAAAGAGCCCGCACCCAAACGCGGGGCCAAAAAGACCUUUGAUAGCGUCGCCCUGCCAGGCAAACGUGCGCGACGCGCCGCACCGAAGUCAACAAAAAAGGCGAUCGAUAAGGGGGAGGAGGAGAACGGGGAUCAGGGUGAUGCGAGCGCGAGCUCACCCGAGAGGCAGGACGCAGAUGCGACGGGUGAGGAGGACGCGGAUGCAGAGGCUGAAGUUGACCUGCCGGGUGCCAAUGGUGCUCCCGCCGCAGCGGUCAUCGAGCCCAUCACAGUUACAGGCGUGCAGGCCGAGGCGCCAGCAUAA